GUAACGCCCAAUUCCCGUAACUCCUAUCGCGAAUCCUCAGCCGUCCAUCUAAAAUCCAACGGCCAUAAACCCUUCUCUUCGUGCUUAACGUCGACGCGUCCUCCCAGUUAGUUUCUCAUUUCCCACCUCUCUCUCUCUCUCUCUCUCUCUCGCCGCAUCCAUAUUCAUCAGAUCUCUCUCUUCCCCUUUCCGUUCUCUUCUGCAAUUCCCAUCAGAUCCUGGCCGUCCGAUCCAGUGAGAUUUUCAGAAUUCCCAUUUCCCCUUCAAGAAUCUGUUUUCUUGAUAUGGAAUUUCUGAUCUCGAUCUCUCUAUCAGGCUUUUGAGAAAAUGGUAACGGAGAGUCCGGGCCAGAUGCUGUCGGACCUCGGCGUCCGUCCGUCUCCGACGGACCGCAGUUUCGACGAAGGCCUUGUCAAGGAGCUAGAAACCAUGUUGCGGGACCACCAAAAUCGCAGCGCCACCAGAGACCCUGCCUUUGAUAGGGAGCUCGAUCUCUACCGCAGCGGCAGCGCUCCCCCCACCGUUGAAGGAUCGCGGACCGCCAUAGGCACCCUCUUCCGCAGCCCUGGGACCGUAGAUUUCCCUGUGGUCCACCGAAACAGCGGCGGCAGCAGCGUUGGAGGUGCCGCGCUGUCGGACGAGGCGCUUCAGUCGCACCCCGAAUACCCCACGUAUUACUACUCGCGCGAGGAUCUCAACCCUAGGCUGCCCCCUCCGAUGCUGUCGAAGGAGGACUGGCGGGUUGCGCGUAGGUUCCAGGCGGGCCCAUCAGCAGCGGGAGCGGAAUUUGGGGGAAUUGGUGAUAGGAGGAAGAAGGAAUUGGUGGACGACAGCGGUAACAGUCGGUCCCUGUUCUCCACGCAGCCGGGCCUCCCGUCGCAGAGGAAUCUGUCCCGCCAGCCUUCGGCUGAAUGGCUGGAGAGGGAUGCGGACGGCUUGAUUGGAUUGGCAGGUGUUGGGCUUGGUGCUAGGACAAAGAGCCUCGCUGACAUGCUUCAGGAAGGACUUGGACGAUCCACUCCCGUUUCUGGGCAUCUUUCACGUCCAAUUAGUCGCAAUGAUUUUGAUGAUGUUUCAAAUCAAAUAGGCGUGUCUGAUGUGCAACUGACACAGCUACAUAAUCAGUUGGAGGGUGUAGAUGGCUUGCGCUCUGGAGCAACUAGCCCUGGCCUGGUUAGGGUUCAAAGCCUUGGUUCAUCGGUUUCUCAUUCUUUUGCAGCGGCUUUGGGUUCAUCUCUGUCUAGAAGUACAACUCCUGAUCCCCAGCUGAUUGGGAGGUCUCCGAGCCCCGGUCUCCCCCCUGUGGGAGGGAGGGCCCGUGCUACUGAUAAGAAGACUGUUAGUUCAAAUGCCUUCAAUGGUGUAUCUUCUACCAUGGUUGAUCGUGCUGAUAUUGCAGCUGCAUUAUCAGGGUUAAGCCUUUCAAAAAAUAGACUGGUAGAUGAAGAAAGUCACAUACAGUCCCAGCUGCAGCAGGAUUAUGCUGAUCGGCCUAAUUUCCUUUUUGAUAUGUCAAAUGGUCAUAGCCAAAAUCUGCAGCAGCAACUCAUUGACAAGUCUGAAUCUGAUUCAUUGAACAUUCCUGCUAUCUCCGGGCUUCCGUAUGAUGAUUUGUCUGAAAACAAUGUUGUCACGGACCUUAAUGCUUCCAAGAUAAGCUCUAAUGGGCAAGUCAACUUACGAAAACGAAUGCCGCCUUCUGCAACUCUGUAUCCAAGUGCACCUGCCAGUCUAGAAGCAUCUAGUGUUCAUUAUCAGAAAUCCGAUAUGCUAAAUGCGGAUUUUACUGGCUAUAACUCAAGCAGAUAUUCUGUCAGUCAGAGGUUGCCAUCAAUGGUGAAGGAUCAGCUUGAUGCAGGUAGCGCAGAAGGACAGAGUCUGAAUAGAAGUGGAAACCUUAUAGGGUCUGGUCUUCAGGCACCAAUAAUGGAUCCCUUAUACUUGCAAUAUUUACAAAGCAGUUCUGAUUAUGCUGCACAGGCUACUGGAGGCCUGAGUGACCCUUCUUUUGGAAGGAACUACAUGAACGCUUCACACAUGGAUUUGCUUGUUCAGAAAGCAUAUCUCGGGGCCUUGCUUGCCCACCAGAAAUCACAGCAUGGCAUGCCGCUUUUAGGUAAGUCUGUUGGUCUAAAUCAUGGGUACUACAGUAGCCCUGCUUUUGGUCUUGGCAUGCCAUAUCCAGCAAGCCCAGUAUCCAGUUUUGUCUCGCCCAUUGGAGCUGGAACUUCUAUCAGGCAGAAUGAUAGAACCCCUCGUUCAACAGGAGGAAGUAUGGGACCUUGGCAGUCAGAGAAUGGUGGAAAUAUGGACGAAAAUUCUGGGUUGUCCUUACUGGAAGAAUUUAAGAACAACAAGACCAGGUCUUUUGAGCUGUCAGAAAUUGUUGAUCAUGUCGUUGAGUUCAGUGCGGAUCAGUAUGGGAGUCGUUUUAUUCAACAGAAGCUGGAAACUGCCUCAGUGGAAGAGAAAAACAAGAUUUUUCCUCAGAUCAUUCCUCAUUCUUUUGCUUUGAUGACUGAUGUCUUUGGAAAUUAUGUUAUACAAAAAUUUUUUGAGCAUGGAACUGAAAGUCAGAGAAAGGAACUGGCCAACCAGCUUUCGGGCCAUGUUUUGCCUCUCAGUCUUCAAAUGUAUGGUUGCAGAGUAAUUCAAAAGGCAUUGGAAGUGGUCGAUGUGGAUCAGCAGACUCAAAUGGUAUCAGAGCUUGAUGGUGCAGUUAUGAAAUGUGUUCGUGAUCAAAAUGGCAAUCAUGUUAUCCAGAAGUGUAUUGAGUGUGUUCCUCAAGAAAGAAUUCAGUUUAUAAUCUCGGCCUUUUAUGGGCAAGUUGUGUCACUCUCUGCUCACCCAUAUGGUUGCCGGGUCAUUCAGAGGGUCCUGGAGCACUGUGAUGAUCCAAAAACCCAACACAUUAUCAUGGAAGAAAUUCUGCAAUCUGUGUGUACAUUAGCUCAAGACCAGUAUGGGAAUUAUGUUGUUCAGCAUGUUCUCCAACAUGGGAAGCCACAUGAACGAUCUGCCAUAAUCAGCAAACUUGCAGGACAGAUAGUAAAGAUGAGUCAACAGAAGUUUGCUUCCAAUGUUGUUGAAAAGUGCCUAACUUUCGGUGGACCUGAAGAACGUCAACUUUUGGUAAAUGAGAUGCUUGGUUCCACAGAUGAAAAUGAACCCUUGCAGGCCAUGAUGAAGGAUCAAUUUGCAAACUAUGUUGUGCAGAAGGUUCUUGAGACCUGCGAUGAUCAGAGCCGUGAACUGAUCCUCUCGCGUAUCAAGGUCCACUUAAAUGCUUUGAAGAGGUAUACGUAUGGCAAACACAUUGUUGCCCGUGUCGAAAAACUAAUCACAACUGGAGAGAGGCAUAUUGGGAUCUCGUCGUCGUGAUCUUCAUGGGUCAGCGGUGAAAGAGGAAAUAGUCCUUUGUACAGGUAAUGAAGCUGGUAUUUGUAGAUCCAUCAGCCAAAGAUUGCCUUCCGAUGAGAAUGGAGAGGUAAUGCGUAUUGUAGUAUGGGCUUAUGGUGUAAAUAAAUGAUAAUAGUAGGUCUUUCGGAAUAAGAUUUUUUUUUUUUUUCCUUUUUUUCCCACUUGUCAUCUCAUGUAUAGUCUGCACACUGUAAUUUGAUGAUAACGACAACAACGGCGACAGGUAGGGGAUCGACAUAUUUAGCAUAGGAGUUUGUGGGGAGGGUCUGUAGAUUUCAACUUUGAGAAGAUAGAAAUAUGUACAAGAAUCUGUCUGUAAAGAGAAAAAAGAAAGAGGAGAGUUGUAAUGGUAUCGGAACUAUAAAAAGAAGGGAGCAGUGUCGUGCGGUGGGUUGUCAUGUCCGAGUCUGAGACUCGAAGAUGUGUUUUUUUUUUUUUUUUUCCUUUCAUAUUUCAUUAAUAAAAGACUCUUACUCGCUUUCACUACAA